AUGUCUGCUCCCGGAGCUGGUCACGAAUUCCCUGCCCAGGAGGUGUCGUGGCAGAAGCGCGACGUCUUACUGUUUGCCAACAGCAUUGGCUGCAAGGCCGAUGAGCUCCAGUUUCUCUACGAGCUGCACCCUAACUUCUCUGUCUUCCCGACUUAUCCACUCAUCCUUCCUUUUAAGCUCACCGACCAGGAGGUGACUGAUUUCUAUGCCCGUCAAAAGGCUACCCACAUUCCCGGUGUCCCCAAACUGGAUCACCGCCAUGGAGUUGAUGGCCAGCGUAAGCUUACCGUCCUGAAGCCACUGCCUCCUACUAGCGCUGGGCGAAAGUUCGAAUUGCGCAACAAGGUCAUCGGUGUUUAUGAUAAGGGUAAACCCGGCACUGUCGUUGAGACCGAACAGUCUAUCGUGGAUAAGACGACUGGGGAGGUUUACUCAAAGGUGCUGUCUAGCGGGUUCUUGGUUGGCCAGGGUGGCUGGGGUGGUCCCAAGGGUCCCGCUACUGUUAACUUCCCACCCCCUGAGGGUAAGGCCCCCGAUGCCGUGCAUGUUGUCGAGAGCAAUAUGCAGACAGCUCAUCUCUACCGCCUAAACGGAGACUAUAACCCGCUCCACGCCACUCCUGAACCUGGUCAGAAGAUGGGAUUCGGUGGAAUUAUCAUCCACGGCCUAUUCAGCUGGAACUCCUCUGCACAUGGAAUUCUCCGUCUCUUGGGAGGCAGUGACCCUGCUAAUAUGAAGGAAUUCCAGGCCCGCUUUGCGUCACCUGUUCGACCCGGCGAUAAGCUUACGACUGAGAUCUGGCGAUUGGGCAAUGCCGGACCCGACGGCUUCGAGGAAAUUCGAUUUGUUACCAAGAACCAGAAUGGUAAGGCUGGUAAUGUUUCACUAGGAUGCAGCUAUGUUUAUGGCUCUAGAUUGAGCUCAUGGGUCCCUCAGAAGAAGAGAAAGCAGCAGCCUAAGCAACCUGAGCCUGCGUGGAAAUCGCCUGGUUUUACCAUUCCGGCCGAGGAAAAAGACUCCCCAAUCCUCAAGCAGUUUGAAUCUGCCCCGGAAUCCGCUGGAGUGGCUUAUGGCGCAUACCGAAAUGGGUGCCUCCCAAUCAAGAAUAAAUCGGAGUACAUGGGGAAAAGCCCACAUAUGUUAUUAGGCUUAUCAAAGCCUUAUAAAAAGGACGAGCCCUAUCCAGAAGUGAAUUUCGAAGAGGUGAUGUCAAAAGACAGCGCCUACAAUUCCGGCUUUUGUUUCAUCGACGGCGUUCCUGCCACUCCUGAAGCUACGAAGACUUUGAUCGAGCGGAUUGCCUUCAUUCGACAUACUCAUUACGGUGGAUUCUGGGAGUUUACCGCCGACCUCACGCUUAAGGACACUGCCUACACAAAUGAGUUCCUUGGUGGGCAUACUGAUAAUACCUAUUUCACCGACCCCGCAAGACUUCAGCUUUUCCAUUUGUUAUCGCAUACCGAUGGCAGCGGGGGAGAAAGUCUCUUAGUGGAUGCAUUCGCAGCAGCUAAGAAAUUGAGGGCUGAGAACAAAGAGCUCUUCAAUUCAUUGGCUGUGGAGAAGCACUCCUGGCACGCCAGCGGCAACGAAGACGUCUGCAUUCAACCUGCCGUCCGCGCCCCUGUCCUCUCUGCCCAUGGGGAUACGAAAGCUGUGUAUCAAAUCCGCUGGAAUGAUUAUGACAGGGCACCAAAGAGUGACUGGACAAUCGAACAGCAGGAUACCUGGUAUAAAGCAGCCAGCCGUUUCAACGAGAUUCUUAACGAGCAACAUCGGCAGAUAGUAACUCAACUGCAGCCAGGAAAGGCAUUAAUUUUUGACAAUUGGAGGAUGCUGCAUGGUCGCUCUGAAUUUACCGGAAAGCGAAGAAUGUGCGGUGGCUACAUUAACAAUGACGAUUUUAUCUCACGACUUCGUCUCCUCAAGUUUGGUCGCGAGAAGGUUCUGAACAGCCUAGGAACAUUUUCUACAAGGAGCCCAGAUCCCAGAAACAUCAAAGCUCUCGAGCCCGCUGACAUCUAUUAA